UAGGAAAAAAUAGAAAGGAGAGGAGAGAAAAAAACUCCAGGGCUUGUUAUGGAGUUCGUGUGAACGAAACACGGAUUUCCACCCUUCUUUACCAGUUAAACCAGUAUCUCUGGAUAGAACACGCUCAAGUACUUCAACAGUUUUUACCCUUGUGGUCCCUGAUGGCUUCGCACAGUGAUACUCUGGUGGUGUUCUUUGGGGCAACAGCUGGUGCAAAUGGGGGUAAACUGGGUUCGGAUGAGAGGGAAAUAAUUCUCUUGGUGUGGCAAAUUGUGGAUCUACAUGAGAAAAAGGUGGGGGAGCUUCAGAGGUGUCUUGUCAAACCAGACACUUUGGAGCUGACAGAUAUAUGUAAAGAGGAGACAGGGCUGACUCUGGACGACAUCAUCAAAGCUGAACCCCUGGACAAAGUUCUACAACAGUUCCAGCAGUCGGUGUCUUCAGAACUGAAAAGUCUCGGCAGAAGCUCUUACACACUUUGUGUCAACAACCCCCUCAUCAUCCGUCAGGCCCUCCACCCAGAAGCCUCCAAGAAGAAUCUUGUCCUUCCAGAAUGUUUCUUUUCAUUUGCGGACGUGAGGAAGGAGUUUCACAAAUGCUGCCCCAACGCUGGCCCUGCGCAGAAACUCACACUCGACUCCAUGAUGGAGUAUGUGGGUCUUCCUGCUGUAUCAGAGCAGAUGUUUGGGGUGAGGGAGGUGAACAGCAUGGUGCAGCUGAUACUCUGCAUCCUGGAUGAGCCCCACGAUCACAAGUUCUCCAGUGUUGAAACUGUGAAGUACAAGUUUGAUUCCGGCACAUGCAGUAAGACCGAGCCAGUGGACAGUGAGACGGUCAUCAGAGCACGAGGGCUUCCAUGGCAGUCAUCAGACCAAGACAUCGCUCGCUUCUUCAAAGGCCUCAGUAUUGCGAAAGGUGGAGUGGCUCUAUGUCUUAACGCUCAGGGCAGGAGGAACGGCGAGGCUCUGGUUCGAUUCAUCAACUCGGAGCACAGGGACCUGGCCCUGGAGCGCCACAAGCACCACAUGGGCAGCCGCUACAUCGAGGUGUACAAAGCCACAGGAGAGGAAUUCCUCAAGAUCGCUGGAGGUACAUCUAAUGAAGUGGCCCAGUUCCUGUCCAAAGAGAACCAGGUCAUCAUCCGUAUGCGGGGGUUGCCCUUCACCGCCACACCCCAGGAUGUGCUGUCUUUCCUCGGCCAAGAGAGCCCUGUUACAGACGGCGCAGAGGGUCUGCUGUUUGUCAAGUACCCUGAUGGUCGGCCCACCGGUGAUGCCUUUGUGCUUUUCUCCUGUGAAGAGUACGCCCAGAACGCCCUGAAGAAGCACAAGCAGAUCCUCGGGAAGCGGUAUAUUGAGCUGUUUAGGAGCACUGCAGCUGAGGUGCAACAGGUGCUGAACCGCUACAUGUCCACGCCUCUGAUCUCCACGCUGCCCUCCUCACCCAUCGUUCCCGUCCCUGUCCUCGCCACGCCUCAAUUUCUUCCAGCUGCUAGCAGCACUAGAGACUGUGUCCGCCUCCGCGGUCUGCCGUACACCGCCGGCAUCGAAGAUAUCCUGGAGUUCAUGGGAGAACACACUGUAGACAUUAAACCUCAUGGAGUCCACAUGGUCCUCAACCAACAGGGUCGGCCCUCAGGUGACGCUUUCAUCCAAAUGAAGUCCUCUGAGAAGGCAUUUAUGGUGGCCCAGAAGUGCCAUAAAAAGACCAUGAAGGACCGCUACGUGGAGGUGUUUCAGUGCUCCACAGAGGAGAUGAGCAUAGUGCUGAUGGGAGGAACCCUGAACCGCAGCGGACUCUCCCCUCCGCCCUGCAAACUUCCAUGUCUGUCUCCUCCCACAGCCUACGCCCCCUUCCCUACCCCACCUGCCAUUCUCUCUGAGGCCGCCCUCUACCAGCCCCCCCUGCUGGCUGCUCCCAGGCCUACUCAGACUGUACCACACAACCCAGCUCACGCUCUGGCCUACUACCCCCACCAACCACACCUGUACAUGAACAUGAACAUGAACUACACAGCUUAUUACCCCAGCCCUCCAGUCUCUCCCUCCACAGUCAGCUACUUCACAGCUCCUCCAGGCGCAGUGGCAGCAGUCGCAGCCCAACCUCACCACCCUGCAGCCGCUGCUUCUUCCGUUCUGCCUCAGCCUGGGGCCCUGGUCAGGAUGCAGGGUCUACCCUACAACACUGGAGUCAAGGACAUUCUCAGCUUCUUUCAGGGAUACCAGUACACCCCUGAGGAGUACAACGGCUUGGUUCAGAUGAGCGAUCAGGCCAGGAGUCUGAUUCAGCCCAAAGAAUGGCUCUGUCUUUAGAGACACCCCAACAGCUCCAGCCAGAUGCCGUUCUCAUCUUGUACAACUUCAGUGGCCAGUGCAGCGGCGAGGCCUUGAUCACCUUCCCUAGUGAGGAGAUCGCCAGGCGGGCCGUAGCAGAGCACUCAAACCACUCCUUCUACGGCCAGCAGGUCCACCUGGUCCUCUGUAACUGACCAUCUCUUUCCCUCAUCCCUCACUUUAACCUCCCCCUCCCCUUACUUGGACACUAAAAACCGCUGCUGGACCCCCUUUUCCAUCAUUCCCAAUUUAACCAAACAUGAGACCUUCCUGGCCCUGACACUCCUGAAGUCACUGUUGGAGGUUGGACAUCAACUGCUGAAGUCACUGAUGCUUCAUGUGAAGAUGUCUCUGUGGAAGUUGAACUGCAGCAUUUUGUUGAGAUGAGAUGGUGUGGAGCCUGGACAAACACUCAAUGGCUACACAAAGCCAAAUCUGCAUGUAUAUUUAAAUCCUCUAUAUAUGAACGUGUACAGAUGUUCAUCCUGAAAAGCUUGAGGCUGUACAAACCACUUCUGCAUUACCUUUAUUUUGUUUAUAUUUCUGACUGUCACUCAUAAUCACUACAAGAUCAAGAUCUCUAUGCAAACACUGAUGUGUGUGUGUGUGUGUGUGUGUUUGUGUGUGUGUGUGUGCAUGUGCAUGCAUGAUGUUUAUUUAGUUAAUGGCUUCCAGCAGUGAAGGGAUGCCUUUAAAAAAAAAGAAAAGAAAAAAAAGAAAAGAAAAGAAAAGAAGAAAAAAUAGCCAUAGAGAAAUAAAAACUUUGACAACAGAUGGAAUGGUAAUGUGCACUUGACUCAAUGCCACUGAUGUGCCAGCGUACCAGCGUACCAACUAAUUUGUAACUUUAUUUUUAGGAGAAAAAAAGUGAAUAAUGUACUUUAUGUCAUCCUAUUUAGACCUUCUCAGCACUACAGAUUAAUUUUCUCCAAUCAGAGCGACAAUGUUUCUGUAACAGAGUAAAAAGAUUGAUUUGAAUGAAAUAGUCUUGAGUGGAGAUUUUGUUAUGACUUGUUAAAGACUCAGGCGUAUCCUUCUGUAACGAUGGACCUCAGCUAAUGAAUAUCUUCUUUUGUUUCCACACUAUUUAUAAACGACUGGUCUGUGGCGUGCUUUCAUUCCUGCGUAAGACCUGAGUCCUGUGUGAAAACUGCAUGAGUUUUUUUCUUGUGACAGGCCAGCUAUUGUAGUUUUUCUUCUUUACUGUGCCUACAUUACCCAGAGUGCAAUACUGGCCUAAAAAAUAGGCUGUGUCAACCUCUGGUGGCAGAGGAGAUAUUUGCUUCUUUUGUUGCAAGUUUGACACUUGUGUGAAUUUAGAUCUGUGUACGAGUAAACAAUAAAAUGUUGGCAAUGA